AUGCUGUAUUCUAUAGGCUGCUGUCUUUCUAUAUGCUGUCUUCCUACCUGCUGUCUUCCUACCUGCUGUCUUUCUAUAGGCUGUCUUCCUACCUGCUGCUUCUUCCUACCUGCUGCUGCUUUUCCUACCUGCUGUCUUCCUACCUGCUGUCUUUCUAUAUGCUGUCUUUCUAUAGGCUGUCUUCCUACCUGCUGUCUUUCUAUAUGCU